CUUUUAAAACUAAAUUUAGAAUUUCAUUUCAUAAUUAUUUUUAAUUAAUGAAUAGAAAUUAACGUCAAUGAUCGGCAAUGAGAAUUUAAUGAAAAAUUAAGGUUAAAAAUAUAAAAUCUUGGAAUUUAAAGAUCAAAUUGAAACAAAAUUCAAAUCUCAAGGGUAAAAUUAUAAUAUUUUGAAAUUUAGUGACUAAAUUGAAACAAAAUUAAAUACGAGACAAAAUAGAAACUAGAGUCAAAAUCUAAUAACUAAAAAUGUGUUAUUCCCUUUAUUUUUUUCUAAAAAUCAAAUGGUUGUCGAGCAAAUUGAUGGAGCCUAAGAGAUAAAAGGAGAGGAGAGAGAGUCUCCCAUUGUCUUAGUUUUCAAAAUGAACUUAUUUUGAGAAGCAGAGAUGUCAUAGUAGAGAAAUGUAAUUGAAUGAAUAAAAAGUAGAAUAACUAGUAGAUUAGUAGCAUAAUCUACUAUGAUAAGCAGUAUGUAAGCCAAUGGAAUGAGGAAAAUGGUGUAAGAGGGAUUGAUUACCACCAUUUUAACCCUUUACAGUUGGAGAAAGACAGAGAUUCUAAAAUGCCUGUUUUCCCAAUUGCAAAGCAAUAAGUAUUCCAACCAGACAUCAUGGUAAAAACUCUGUGCACUUUCACUUUCAUCAGUAAAAACACACCAAUCUCUUCUGCAGCUGUUGGUUGGAAAAAUUGAAGGAGAAAAAAUGACAGAUGAAACAAACAAGUACCACUCAUCCCACUUCAUUGAACUUUGAACUCUGAACCCAACUUCCCAAAACUCUUCCCAAGUUUUUUUCAGCAUUUAACAACUCCUUACAUUUAAACUUUAAUGCCAAACUCCUUCAUAACAUUUCAAUCUCACAACAUAUCUGCUAUAAAUUUGGACUUUGCUUUCUUACAUCUCUUCUCUAUCCUUCAACCCUACAAACACACUGUGAUUUGUUUGUUUUUUGUUACAAUAAAACAAUGAACAAUCUCUUUGAAUUGCCUGAAAAGAUUUGUUAUGUGCAAUGUGGAAUCUGUACCACCAUUUUGUUGGUUAGCGUUCCGUGUAGCAGCUUGUCGACGGCGGUGACUGUGACGUGUGGCCACUGCUCGAGCCUCCUUUCUGUUAACAUGAUGAAAGCCAAUUUGGUUCCUCUUCAUUUUCUGUCUUCUUUAUCUUGCAAUGUGCCUAAAGAAGCUUGUAGAGAAAUGAAUUCGGGGAAGUUCUUUGACAGUUUCAAAAGAUCAAAAUUGAAAUUUUCUGAGUAUGAAGUUGAAGAAGGCUUGAUUCCUGUGACACCUCCUUUUGUAAACAAGCCUCCUGAGAAAAGACAGCGUGCUCCAUCAGCAUACAACUGUUUCAUCAAGGAUGAAAUCAGAAGACUCAAAGCUCAAAAUCCUGAAAUGACUCACAAGGAAGCCUUUAGAACAGCAGCAAAAAAUUGGGCAAAUUUCCCUCCAAUUCAUGAAAAAGAAGACACAAUGGGCUGUAAUGAGGAAAAUGGGACUUGGAACACUCAAAUUCCUGAGGUCCACAAGGAUGGAAAGUGUUUCCCAAGGCAUUCAUUUUUGACAUAACUCACCAUUUCAGUGAAGUCAUCAGUCUGCUUUGUUGCUUCAUUUGGGAAAAAGGGCUCAAAAUUUGGAUGUCUUAAAAAGGGUAGAUGCCAUUGGGAAUGAAAGUUUCUUCUGUUCUUUAGUUUCUCAGUUGAUUAACUGUCUUGAAAAUUUGGAUUUUUAUGGAAUCUUCUUCAUGUCUGUUUGUAUUUCCUUUAGUAAAUGAGCCUUUUGAACGUUGAAACUUUGUAGAGAAUUCAUGGGGAAGAGAUUUAUCUCUUGGCUUUUCUUUUGGGAAAGACAAAGCAACUGGUUGCAAAGUUUCCUUGCAUUUCCACUAUUGAAAAAGGAGGAAAAAAAAAGU